AUGGCCUGGAACUUUGAACUUAUGGAUUCCCAACAAUCUCUUGUCGAUGAGCCCCGCCGUUCGCGCCGCACGGCGUCUGCACAGCUGGUGCACCGACAUCACCAUCGAGGUCCCCGACGAGACCCCGAAGCCCCCGACCCCGACUCCCAUGCCCGCCGUAGCGCCGGGGACCUCGAGUCACCGCUGAGCCCCCCGUCAGCGAGCUCGACCCCCAGCCAGUCUGCGACGUUCUCCAAUGUGGGCCGUACCCGCUCCGCCACACUGGCCUCUCCCCUGCGCUCUACCCUCGACGCAGACGAUGACCAAAAGCCGAGCAGCAUUGGUCCUCAGCGCGUCCGCAGUGCCACACUCUCGUCUCCCACUGCCUCCACCACUGCCUCGGCACGUGCCAACCUCCAGAAACGCAAGCGCUCCCGAGUGACCCCCGAACAGCUCGCCCACCUCGAGCGUGUCUUUUCCCAGGACAGGUCCCCCACUGCUGCCCGUCGCAAGGAGAUCAGCGAGCAACUGGGCAUGCAAGAGCGCCAGACCCAGAUCUGGUUCCAGAAUAGGCGGGCCAAAGCCAAGCUUGUGGAGAGCAAAGGCCGCUCCGGUCGUCCCGGCUCUCCUGGCUCGGGCCGCGACACUCCCCCAGACACGCCCCCCGAGCUCAGUCCCGGGUACGAAGCCGAUCUCCAGGCACUGCUUCACGAAACAGACCCCAUUUCAAUCAUCCCAUGCACUGACUUGACAAUUGGAAGCUGGCAUCGCAUCGCUGACCGUACGGGCCGCCAUGACCUUGUGGCCUACAUUUCCGACGUCCGCGCAUCGCUUACAUGGUUCAUCCAUUCGGGCGGACACGGUUUCAAAAUGGAAAUUCCCAUUUCCACCGUCGUCAAUACCGAGUUUACCCAGUCAGCCCCUACCCAUCCCGGCCAUGGUAUCGCCUCGUUCUACGUCUCGGAGAAGCCCAUCUUCUACAUGGAAGACGCUGCCAACGGCGGUGCCUGGCAGAUCUGCGACGAUUGGACCGAGGGACGUCAGGCGAGCCAUGUCAUGAAACAUCAGCUCGUGGGCUCUUCCAUCCAGCUCGGACAUGCGAUGAGGAACUUUGAAGCUCGUCGACAGGGCCUUGGACGACCUAUGCAAAUCCCUCAACCGCCCAUGCUCAGCGUCCCUACCGCUUCGCACGCCCACCAACAACCCCACCUGUUCACGUUCCCUCCAAACCGACAGUUCACAGCCACACACGGCCGGAAACGAUCCUACUCGGGUCCCCCGGCUCCGAUGCAGAUGGGUGACGUCUUUGGUCCUGACUAUGCGGAAGAGUCCAGGUUUGGCGCGUUUCAGAUGCCUUCUCAGGCGGGUGCUAGUGGUGCAGGUGCUGCCUCGCAUGGUCCUGCGACGGGUACGCUCUCUUCGCAUGGUACCGGCCAUGGACACGCACACCAAGGCUCCAUGUCCGAUUUCUCGUCUAUUCCCAUUUCCCAGUUGAGCCAGAGGCCGUUUAGCGCAGACCCCUCGAGGCAGUUCCCACAAGAUCCUGCGAGGCAAUCCCUCGAGCCGUUCAGCGCCGACUCGAAUCGGACGUUUACCCAAGACAUGUCCAGGUUCGAUCCGUCCCGUCCGUACAUGGACCGUCGCGCCACGUUUGACGUUGCUGCCCACGGGCACGGGCACGCUCACGUCGAGCAGCAGCGGAGGUACUCUGAGCAGACUGCACAGGGCGAGGGCUAUGCUGGGUACGGAGACGUCUAUGCCGAGGGUAUGUUUACCGGCAUGGCGGGCCAGGCUAUCCCUGCUCAAGCAAUGGCUCCCAACCCGACCAUGGCUCCCAACGCAGCGAUGGCCGGGCAAGCUCAAAUGGGAAACUCGCCCAUGUUUGGAAUGGGCAUGACUAUGGGUUAUACGCUUGAAGAUGGAUACAACGGUCGUUUUUCGGUCAUUUGGCACUCGCUUAUUGGCACAUUUACUCAAUUCUCACCAUCCCCUCUCACGCACGUCCCAGUCGACGUUCUAUGCUACCUCCCCGUCCGGUUCAAUCCGUUACCUCUAUCCAAUUCAACCACUACCCUUCCCGUCCAAUUCAAUACACGCGGUCUACCUCCUACGCCGGUCGACAAAACCCAUCCAAAUGCAACAUAA